GAAUUGAUGCCACUCCGUGCCUUCGGGGAUAUUCGUUUUAAAUGGCCUUCCGAAGAACUGAAGCACGUAGCUCGGUUGCUGGAUCUACCUCCAAACUAUCCUAUUAUGCCUGCCUUUUAUGCGACACCACCUUACCUGUGCUCGACUCCGCAAGUGGUUUGGCGGCCGUUAAUAAAGAAUCGCGACCAUUUUCUGGUCCUCGGUACAGACGGUCUGUGGGACAUGCUUUCGCCAAAGGAAGUAGUCAACGUCGUCGCGCAACACUGGUUUGAUUACAAUGGCGAUCCGUCCGUUUGCGGUCCUGGUGACACGGCUGCUAGUCGUCUGAUUCGGACAGCUCUGGGUGGUGACGAAAUGGACCCAGAACGUAUUUCGGCUCAUAUUUCCAUGCCAGCCACUGUCGCACGCUACUAUCGGGACGAUAUCACUGUGGUGGUAGUCUACCUACCGACAGCCGCGCAUUCAGAACCAAGCAGAUAG